CCGAAGAUCAAAAUAAGUUAGUUCAAUAUUUCAAAACCAAAAACGUCAAAUUAUCUAUUUUCAUCAACACUCAAAAUCUCGCAGAAUUAAACGCGCUCAUCAGUUUAAAAGCCCGCCAACCUACGUUUUUUCCGUUGCCAAACGAACAUUUUCAAAAUAAGUACUUAUCUUAUAUAGCUGAACUGGCAACGCUAGCCGACAGUCGUGGAAAUAUGAUACUCAAGUAUGUACAUACAUUCAGUUGCGAUUAUCGUUCGAACCUUCGUGACAUACGCAUCGCUCUCUCGGCCUGCAGUGCUCCCUUCGCCAUCCCUCUGGAACUGCCUGUCCUUCUUCUUCCGCUUUUAACUCGCCGCUGAAGCAGAAUUGAGCUCGAUCUUUUGGAUUUUUCAUCGACCUCACAACUUUCGAAAGUGAAAUUUUGCUAUGGUAUCCUGUGUUGUCGGAGAUGUGUGGGUCAUGUCAUCCACUUGUCGAGCAAUGUGAUCAGUAGCUGUGGGAGCAAAAGAAUUGGCACAAAGCUAAAAAUCCAAAAGAAUUCAGAAAAAAACUGACGAAAUGGUUGUUAUAGAACAACAGAAUGACGCAGAUUUAGAGAACAACGAAGCAUCAAAAGACUAUAACGUUGGUGACAUUCUUAGAGCACCAAGAACCAGCAAAUGCUUCAAUAAACUGGCCACAGCCAGCAAACGACUCGUCACAGUCAACAAACGAUUCGCCACAGCCAAGGGCAGACUCGCCUAAGCCAACAAUCGACUCGCCACAGGAAACGAACGACUCGCCACAGCCGACGAACGAGUCAUACCCAACGAACGUCUCGUCAAACUCAAUAUCAACGCUGUCUAACGAUGGGGAUGUUGAAGUGUUUGAUGUGAAUUUACAAAUUUUGGAAGACGAAGACUCGCCGCAGCCAAUGAACGAAUCACAGUUAACGAACGUCUCGCAACCAUCGGUAAAUUUGCCGCAGCCAACGGAAAAUUUUCCACAGCUAGUGAUCAGAUCGUCGCAGCCAAUGGCAAACUUUCCACAAUAUAUACCAAAUUUACAACAGCCAUCGGCGAGCUUGCCGGAGCCAAGGUCAGAUGCACCGCAGCCAACGCUCAGAUCGUCGCAGUCAACGGCAAACUUUCCGCAAUAUAUGCCGAGUUUACAGCAGCCAUCGGCGAGCUUGCCAGGGCCAAGGUCAGAUGCACCGCAGCCAACGCUCAGAUCGUUGCAGUCAACGGCAAACUUUUCGCAAUAUAUGCUAAGUGUACACCAACCGUCAACGAACUUGCCACAACGAAUAAUGAACUGGUCAGAGCCAACAGCAAAUUCGCCACAAUAUACACUAAACUCUCAAGAACCAUCAACGAGCUUCCAACAAUCAAUGCUGAACUGGACAGAGUCAACGGCAAAGUGGCUACAGCCAACUAUCAGCUUGCCGCAGCUCACGAACGACGUGUCAAAUUUAACAUCAACGAUGUCUAAAGUUGAGGAUGAUAAAGAGUUUGAUGUGAAUUUACAAAUUUUGGGAGGCAAAGAUUCGCUACAGUCAACUAUCAGCUUGCCGCAGAAUGACUCGUCAAACUCAACAUCAGCGCUGUCCAACGAUGAGGAUGUUGAAGUGUUUGAUGUGAAUUUACAAAUUUUGGGAAGCGAAAAUUGCCUGGCUAUAAUGAAUUUCGCUUAUAUGAACAUGUUAAGCGACGCAAUCGAAAGCAAUAAUUUUGACAAGUAUCAAGAGGCGCUCGAUGAGUUAAAGCAAAAGAUCGAAGAGUUUAAGAAGGUAGUCUCAUCAUUGUAAUAAGAUUAAGGUUCAAGUAUGUAUGUGUACAUGUAUAUAUUGUGAACAUAUUUGUGCUUGUGAAUAUAAAGUUUGUACACAUGUGUAUGUAAAGUUAGACUUCCAUAAUAAAAUUUAAACUGAAUAUUAAAA